AUGCGUCAGUUCGACAAUGUCUCGAUAUCGCCAUGGGCGAACCCAUACGCCGGCCCCAACACAAACACCGGCAAGAACUUCUAUGCUACCGCGCCCCAACCACCGGCUCAACCUCUCUAUCGCCGGGUGGUUGCGCCUCCUCCAAAAUUCUCUUAUACGGGCGUUGCACAUGUAAUUGAUGAUAAGCGCACCGAUGACGAUCAAGCAGAACCAGGAAUCGCCCCGACAGCACCAGAUGCUUCAGAUUUACCACCUGUGGCAGAAGCCACGCCAGCAGAGGCCGCACCUCCAGCCAUACCAGAAGUACCUCCCCCAGGAGAACCUUCGAUAACAACAGAUACACCUGUAGCAACAGUCCCAGCAGAAACUAUACCCGAAGACCCACCGACACAACAAGCAGAGGCUGCCUCCAGUAGUGGGGACGAUGUUGUGGCAGCCGAAGUUGUGACUGAGGAUGUCAAAGAUGAACCUCCGGGAUCAAGCGACGCCACGAGCGUUGAAGUAUCACCGCCUCCACCAGCUUCGCCAGUACCCCCUAGUGAGCCCGUGCCUCCUCCGCCGCCAGCACCACCAGCGGAUGCAACACCUGAGCCUGUAGUCGCUGAGAGUGAGAAGAGUGGUGAGUCCGAGCAGGCCGCUCAAGAGCCCCCGAAAUCCCCAACUGAGAAGUUUGUCCAUUUUGCCUCUGACACCAAAGACCCAGACGCCGCAAGUAUUGGCAAGAAGAAAAAGUAUGGUAAAGGCAAGCCCACCGCGUUUGUUCGUCCCAGAAAGCCAUCGAAAUCCGUUCCCCUUGCGUCGCCGCCGAAGGACGGAAAGAAGAAUGCUAUGGUUCCAAUCAGCAUCAUGAAAAAGGAGCGAAGUGGUUCGAUGUUCUCAGCGUUCACUAGUGAGAAAUUGAUGAAGGGGGAUAUGAGGAAGUCAGGAGGAAAGAGAGGCAGUGAUGACGGUAGUAUAUCACCAAGUGACGACGGGUCGGUCGUGAUCAUCGACGGAGAUGCAUCCCCUUCGGUCGUCUCCGAAAGCGUUAUCAUCGAGGAACGUACCGAAGACGCUCCAGAAUCGAUCGUAAUCGAGGCCGUGCCGCCGCCACCACCGCCGAACGAUGCUCCAACUGUAGAAGACGAGGUUGCUGUUGGUGAGGAUACUGUGGAGGCACAGCAUGAAGCAGCAGUCACAGACAGCCCUACCACCGAAGGCAACGAGCCUGUCGUUUCCGAGUCCCCUACUGAAGCCGUAGCAGAGGAGACUACCGCAAAUGAUCCUGUAAUCGAAGACACCUCUGCCUCUUCGGACGAGCCGACAGCAGAUGCGGGUUCCGAAGGACCUGCUGCGACACCAGAGCCGCCGGUGGAAGGUUCAAGUACUAUGAGUGAGGAUACAAAGCCACCCGUCGAAGCGGAACCUGAAAAAGAACAAGCUUCGGCAGACGGUGUAGAUGUGGUUGAGCCCAAGGUGGCCUCUUCAGACGAAGAGCAACCAGUCGAAGCGGAGAGCCCUGCUGAAGCGGCACCGGCACCAGCACCGGCGGAGGACUCAAUUGUGGGCGAGGCUGCUAGUGAGUUAGCAGCGGAAGACACGACUACCGCUGGGGAAUCGACUGCAAUCGAAGUACUACCCUCUGCUGUAGAAGAGGCACCCGCUGUCGAGGAACAACCUCCUGCUCCUGAAGAAGCUCCGGUGAUCAACGAUCCGCCAAUCACCGAGGAGACUUCUGCUGUUGGAGAGGUGGAAACAUCCACAGCUGAAGAGACACCCAGUGGCCAAGUAGCAUCAUCUGGUGAAGAACCGACCUCUGCGGACAUACAAACAUCGGCUGAAGAGGUACCCGCGGCGGACGAGACAGUUGUUUCUCCAGAAUCGGCCGACAAUGAGGAACAAUCUGCUCCUGGAGAUACUCCAGUCACUGAAGUCACCCCUGUUACUGAAGAGCCAUCCUCGGCCGAAGCAUCGCCUGCGAAUGAAGCGGCACCGGUUGCUGAGGAGACAAUUGCCGCCGUCGAAGAGGCUCCUCACGCUGAUAGUACUUCUGAUGCUUCAGACACGCCCGCUACUGGAGAGACUUCUUCUAAAGACAAUCCCACCGCUGACGAUACCCCGCCUACUGAAGAACUACCGGUACCCGAAGAAGUCUCAGCUGUGGAUGUCACACCUACUGCCGAAGAAGCAUCUGCAGGCGAAGAAGCACCAAAGGCUGAAGACGCCAUCGUUGUCGACGAGGUACCUGUUACAGAAGAGAUGCCAGCCAGUGAGGCCACCACUAUCACUGAAGUGGUAACUACGUCUGUUGGAUCGCCAGCUGCUGGUGAAUCAGUCGCUGUUGAGGAGACACCUACUGUCGAGGAGACACCUACUGUCGAGGAUAUACUUGUUGUUGAGGAAAUACUAGCUGCUGAGAGAGCGUUAGUUGCUGAAAUAGCAGAAGAUGCCGCCGCAUCAAACCCGGAACCGGAUGCUGCUCAAGAACAGUCCCUACUCGAAGGGAAUAAAGAUGUCGAACCAUCUCCUAUCGCAGAUCAGGAGGCUCCAGUCGAGACCUUGCUGGUUGAGGAACACGCAGAUACUGCGUCCCAAAGUACUCCGAACGAAGAGGAAUCUCAAGGAUCUGAAUCUUCAGCUGUCGAAGAUGCCGUCUCCGAGCCUCCCAUUUCUGAAGAAGCUCCAGAGCCCGAGACAGUUACGCCCAGCGACCUGACAUCGACUGAGAAUGAUGAUAAGAUUGAAGACACAGAUGCUGGAAAAGUAGAAAAUGCUGAGUCAGUGGUGGCUGUGGCUGAGUCAGAUAACUUGAGCGCUGACAUUACGGAGGAAUUACAAGCCGAUAGCACGAUCGAAGAUCCAGUCGUAGUGGACACCAAUGAACCUAUCCCGGCCGAGAACGCUAGCGACACAACAUCUGGUGAAGGCAACAGUGAGCCUAAUACUGUGCAGGAUGAAGGCAAGGUGCCUACGGAAGAACCGGAGGCUACAACAGUCCCUGAAGAAGCAGACCCAACAAGUGCUUCUCCGCCGACUGACGACGACUUGGCGACAGCUCCUUCCGAGAACACCCAAGCAACUGAAGUCGUGGCUGAUGUAACACACGACGAGUCUAUUGUACCGACAGAAAGCGUCGCCGAUAUGGACGAUGCCAACAAUGAGCCGAGUGAAGAGGCGAUCAUUGCUCCCAUCGAAGUCGUGACAGCGGAGACUGAAGCAAACGGUGAAGAUGUGGAGGCCACAGAGACUAUGCAAGACAUUUCCGAUUGGGAAAAAGAUGAAGAUAACAUCAGCGAUCUAGAGAUAUCUGACUGGGAAAAAGACGAUGCCGAUGCUUCAUCGCAGGCUGGGGAGAGUGAGACCAACCCUUCCGAGCACCAAGACUACGAAGACGACCGCAUCGCACAAGAAGCAUUUGAACCUACGCCAGAGACAGAGAAGCCAUCAGAUCAGCAAGAGCCCGAGACUGUGGAGCAGGUCCAGCAGAUCGACACUGAAGCCUCUGUUCCGCCUAUCGAUGUCGCUGUCGAGGACAGUGCAGUCCCGACUGAAGUCACAGAGGCAGAACAGACUGUCGAAGACACAUCCACGACUCGUGAACCAGAGCUGUCAGAGCAAGAUGAUGUUACGCAACAAAUCGAAGACCAGACAAAGGACGAGGAGCCCUCAUCCUCUGACACGGCGAUAGAGCCUCCUGAGCCACCGGAGACGAUCACUCCAGCUGAUACAGCCGCAGCUGAUCAAAAACCAAUUCAAGUCGAAAUUGACACGCCCAAUCAAGACGAUGUUGAAGAUGCGAAGUCGACUACGGGUAUCGAGGAUGUCAUUGGCACAACUGAGGAUGUGUCUGCACCAACAGAACUCCACUCAGAUCUUAGCCAGCCAGAUGCAUCAAAGGAGAACAACAUCACCGAUUCAAGCACAGACGCACAGGAGGAUGCGACUGCACAUGAAUCGCCAGCCGAUGAUCUGGAGCCAGCGGUGAACGACGAGGCUGCCAAGGACAGCGAACAAGCCAUAGUCUCGGCUGCACCCGAUGACGUGGAGAAUCCAGACGCAUGCACAGCCGAGACUGAAGCAGCCUUACCCAACCUCGACGACAACCCGGACGAAUCAUGCGCAAGCAUCCCAGCUGACGCGACCAGCGAAGUCAGCCCAGACCCUGUCUCAAAAGAGGCUGACGUUGAUACGCCCAUUGAACAACUCGUGGUUGAAGAGGAUCACACUGAAAACGCCGUGGGCAAUCCAUCUGUUGUUCAAGUUAUUCCCGAAGAGACCGACCAUGAUGUUGUAGCGAGCAUUGCGCUAGCAGAAGCCGAGCACGACUCUGCACCAGACAUGCCGGCCAAGAAAGCACCGGAAGUGGUUCCCGAGGACGUUGGGUCUGAGGAACCUCAACCUUCGGAGGUUUCCGUUGACUCUAACACUGGGCCAUCGCCGGAUGAUGAGUCAGCAAAAGAGCAGGAUUCUGAUGCAGGAAGUGAGUCUGGGUCUGAGUCCGAAGAUGAUGACUGGUCAGGGUCGGAGGCAUCUGCUGCGCCUUCUGCAUCUGAAGUUCCACAGGUCGACGACACGCCUGACUCGGCACCCGCUCAAGAUGAAACAACCAAUGCCGAAGAUGCUCCGCCGAGUGAAGACGCUGCCGUCGCUGCUGUAGAGCCUGACGCUGCGGCGGAGGAUCAUCAGUCAAUUGUCGAAGAUGGCGCUGGUUCGGAUGACGACUCUGCUUCUGAGCUUUCCUCAAAGGCUCAAGAAGAGGAACAGAGCUCUGUGUCGGUAGAGGAGGCUGCCAAUCCUGAUGACGAAGAAGUUGCCGAGAGCCCAGAGCCACCAGUAGAGUCCGCCCCAGUCGCGGAUACGCACCCGGGAUUAUCGCUCGAAGUCAAUGUCGCAACUUCUGAGAUCAUCCCGGAGGCAGAGGCUCCUACAUCAGAGGUCGAUGAUCCAUCUGCUCCUGCUCUCGAACCAGUUUCGGAGGAGGAGCAAGUAGGCGACGAGGAUGACGCCAGUGCUGCCACCCAGGACGAUUCUGCCAAUGACGACUCCCUAGUAUCAACAGAAAGCUCCGCCGAGCCUGAAGAAGAGGCGCCCGCAGUUGUGGAAGUGCCCGAACCGGCCGACGAACCCAAGGGUGAAGAAGAGGCGCCCGAGGAAGAUGAGGCUGAUGAUCUCUCUCUGGUGAGCGAAUCCGACAGCGAGAGCGAGGCUGGAGAGUCUGUCUCGCCACCGGAAGACGAUGUAGAGGCUGAUGUCGACGCUACUCAAACUUCAAUUGACUCGGAAGAGGUAGACGCUGGCGUACCAGAAGCCGAGCAAACAGUGAUCGACGAGGUCGCUGAUGCUGAGCCGCAAGCAUCUGAAGCUGGGGAUGUACCUGUGAUUGAGCAAGAGGCGGAACAGCCCACUGAACCAGAAACGACAGAAUCAGUCGCAGCGGAACCUGAAGCGGAGCCAGUUGAGCCAGAGGCUGAUGUGGACGAAACUGACGAGGCGCUGGCUGAUGAGGUGGACGAGGCGCAAGAACUGGCAGCGACACCAGAUGAGGCCCCUCGAGAGGAGCCUGAUCUAGCCAAAGAGGACGAACCCGCCGAACCUGCACCUCUAGAGGAAUCAGAUGAUGGUCAGCGUUCAUCUCCUGUUGAAGACGCACCAGAUUCACUUGCUGAAGAGGCCAAUUCAAAUGAUGGCUCCGAAGCUGCAGAGGAAGAUGAUGAACCUUCAGCGGUUGAUGUGAGCGAAGAGAAGGAUGAUCAGCCGGAGGAAGCCCCGUCCGCACCGGAGCCAACACCAGCAGAAGAUACACCGCCUGAAGAGGUUGUUGCAGAGGCGGUAGAGGCACCUGUGGAGUCCGCUGAACCAGUAAUCGAAGAAGCCAUUGUAGAAGAAGCUGCCGCAGUCGUCCAGGACCCACCUUCCGAAGCAGAGUCAGAACAAGCAGCCGAAGAACCGGUACCUGCGCCUUCCUCUGAGCCUGAGGAAGAAGAGUCACAGGCACCAACCGAAGAAGCCCCUGUUGAAGAUCAGCCUGAACCCGAGGAGCCAGCUACUGCUGAAGAGCCCGAGCCACCAGCCGAAGCAGCUCCAGAGGAACCCGAGGAGCCAGCCGAGGCGGUAUUGGCUCCAGAGCCAACCCCAGAAACUGAGGAACCCGCUGAACCAGCGGCGGAGCCAGAAGCCGAGCAAAUUGUGGAGGACGGUGCCAAGGAGGUCUCGGUACCAGACCCAGAAGUGGAGACGGAAGAAGUCGUAGCGGAAGUGGCCAAUGAAGAUAUUCCUGAACCUCAACCAGCCGACGACGCCACGGCGGAGAGGUCUCUCUAUGUUGGUGAAAGUCCGAGCAGAACUCCACCGCCACCACCACUACCUGCUGUCGUCGCCGCGUUGGUUGACAACAGCACUGAUGAUCAUAUGGUCAGGGAGCGCGAUUUCGCAGUCGAAGAUGAACCGUCCACCGACACUCCCAGUCGGGAGAAGACUCGUCGUCGAUAUUCGCACUCCCGUCGCGAGAGCCAGCAUCAGUCCAGCCGUAGGCGAGAAAGCGGUGCUAGCACCAGGGAGCGGCCAAUAAUGCCAUCUUCGGCUGUGCCUGAUGCACCAAGGACAAGACGGCGCGAUAGCAUGACUGAGCGCGAAGCUGAGCGAAGAAGGGAAAGACUUCGCGAGGCUGAGAAGCCUAGUAGUGGCAGCGACAGAGAGAAGGCGUAUGAGAAGGCCUACCCCGAAUAUCGCUCACGCUACCGAGAAACCAGGGGCGAAGAGAGAUACAGCAAACGUCAACCCGCUGAGGAAGUUGACGAAGAAGCUGAAAGACAAAAGCGACGCGAAUUACGACGGGCCGAGAGAGCUGAAAGAGAGCGUCUCGCUGCAGCAGACGCUGCCCGCCUGAAGGCUGAGGAAGAAGCAAGAAAGUUAGAGCAUCGUGAAAGACGUCGUGCAGUUAGGCGUGCCGAAGAGGAGCUUAUGAGGGCAAUGGAGGAACGUAAGAAGCUUAAAGAGGAGAAAAGGCUUGCAAUGGAAGAAGAGGAGAGACGUCUUCGACAUGAGAAGAGACGGCAGCGGCACGAGGCCGAGAAGGAGGCAAGACGUUUGGAGCAGGAAAAGAUUGAGCAGGCUGCGCGUGAAGAAGAGGAGGCGAGGAGGCUACGGCGGCAAAAGAGGGCGGAGCGAGAAGCAGCCAAAGCGGCUGGUUUGAAGCCAAAGGAAGAAUUGGUUGAACUUUCUCGCGAUGCUGCCAGACGAGCAGCAGAGGAAGACGACGAUAACGCCUCCCCUCCCCCUCCAUUGCCACCCGUAGGCGACGAAACACCACCUCGUAGCGCGCCGCGCCGACGCUUGAGUACUCGAGAGACUCCACCGAACGUGAAGCGCGGCAGCCUUUUCGGCGGCAUCUUUGGUCGCUCAAAGCCUGAUCCUACUCCGCCUAGCUCGAAACCAUCCAGAUCAACUCGCGCCCGUGCGAACACGCUGGAGACGACGCCUGUCAAGCCAUCGCGAAGAGAACCUGAAGCCGAACGACCCUCAAGCAGAGAUCAAUCGUCAGACCAGAGCCGAGAGCGUCCCGAGCGCAUGCACCGCAGUCGGCGUCACUCACACAGUCAACGUCGCUUCGCUUCUGCUGAGGAGGAAGCUGACUACUACAAAUGGAAAGAAGAGCGACGUUAUAUGCGCCGUCCCGAACAUGAAAUGUCUGGUGGACGAGAUGGAGGGGUUUCCCUUCCGCCGCCGCCUCCGCCGCCUGAGGAUCUACCUCCCCCACCACCAGAGCCUUUCGAAUAUGAGCCAGAGCCAGAGCCCGAAUCGUUUGAGCAGGCUGAAUCGCCCAUGAUCGAGGACGCAGCUGCCGUCGUCGGUGAAAUCUCAAUCUCAGACGAGGAAAGACGCGAGCGCCGUCGAAGCAGGCGUAUGUCGAAACCGGAAGAACGCCCCAAGGCACGCCGUAUUUCAGUCGUCGAGAAAGAGAGGCCACCGGGUCGUCGAGUAGAAUCUGAUCGGCCCCGCGCUCGAGAUCAUGGCGAUGACCGGCCAAGACCGAGACGUGGUGAGACGGACCGACGUGACAGGAGGAAGAAGAAGGAAGAGUCAAGCGGCCUUAAGGGGCUGUUUGGAGGUUUGAAGAGGAGAAUUACAUGA